GGUACCCGUAUUCUACUUUCGGUUUCCAGGGUAACGCCUCCCGGUCGCCGCGCGUGUGUGUCACACCAUGUUGUUGCCGCACACCUUUUCCGCAAACACCUAAACAUCUGCGCUUCCCGUUUGAACCUGUGCAUGUCUCUGACCGACUUUUCUCCGUCAAAUGAGGGGCUACCGGCUGCUUGAAGUUGUGAUAGCGACUCUCGGCGCACUCGUCUUUCCUGCGUGUUGCCACAAUGUGAGCUCGGACGAAACGACGCGGAAUAACUCCGCGGUUGACUUCGACUCGUUCAGAGCGAAGUUUCACCGCGUCUACGACUUCAGCAGCGACGAGUACAGCCGUCGGCAUCUGUAUUAUCAGAAUGCCACCGAGCGACAUACGUACCUGAACACGUUUUCUACAGGACCACAGGCUGCCAAGUACGGCAUCAACCAGUUCUCUGACCUCUCACAGAAGGAAUUCAGGGAUCUUUACCUGCGAGCAAUCCAUGAUCGAGCUCCUCUCUUCUCUGGCCUGAGUAUAAAGCAGCUCCCAGCCAAAUUUGACUGGAGGGACAAAUCAGUGGUGGCACCGGUCCAAGACCAACUAUCAUGUGGCAGUUGUUGGGCAUUUAGUGUGGUUGGUGCCAUACAGUCUGUCCAGGCUAUAGGAGGCUCGCAGCUGGAGAGGCUCAGUGUGCAGCAGAUUGUGGACUGCUGCUUCCAAAAUGAAGGCUGCGAUGGAGGAUCCACAACGAAGGCUCUGAAGUGGUUACAACAGACUCGUAUGAAGUUGGUGACUCAGUCAGAGUACCCCUACAAGGCCAAGACAGGAAUCUGCCAUUUUUUCUCCCCGUCACACGGAGGUGUUGCUGUCAAGAACUUCACUGCACAGGACUUCAGUGGUCAAGAGGAGGCAAUGAUGGGUCAGCUUGUGGAGCACGGUCCUUUGGCUGCGAUCGUGGAUGCCGUCAGCUGGCAGGAUUACCUGGGUGGCAUCAUCCAGCACCACUGCUCCAGCCGAUGGUCGAACCACGCUGUCCUGAUUGUCGGAUACGACACUACUGGGGAUAUUCCAUACUGGAUUGUGCAAAACUCCUGGGGAACGAGAUGGGGGAACGAGGGUUAUGUUUAUAUAAAAAUCGGUGGCAACAUCUGUGGUAUUGCAGAUUCUGUGGCAGCUGUUUUUCUUUGACAACACUACGUACAUUUUUUUUGUCUGAGCCGUUCUAUGUGGGUGUCAAGUGACACCAGUGCCAAAAUUGAAAUCAUUCCUCUGUUUUAAUUUAAGUUUCACUUUAAAUAAUGUUUUGUUGUAAUAAUGCAACCAUUUUGUAAGACUGAAACAAAAUAAAUCGCCUCAUAUGUUG